AUGGCGCCAAAGAAUAUCCUUCUCUUCGGCGCAACGGGCCAAAUUGGCACGUUCAUCCUAGAUGCCAUCCUAACAGCGCGCUCCCAAUUCGACCGCAUAGCCAUAUUCACUUCCGCUGCCACCGCCGAGAAGGAUCAGAAGAAACACUCUUAUAUCGAGAAGCUGAAGCAGCAGAAUGUUGAGGUUAUUGUGGGGAGUCUUGAGGAUGAAAGUGCCGUCAAGGCUGCAUAUGAAGAAAUCGACACCGUAAUCUCAGCCCUAGGCCGCAACGCACUAGCCCAACAAAUCCCACUCAUCCGCCUCGCAGCCACAACUCCCAGCGUGAAAUGGUUCUUGCCAUCUGAAUACGGCACAGACAUAGCGUACGGCCCAGCCUCAGUCCACGAGAAACCGCACCAGCAGAAACUGAAGGUGCGUGCUGUGCUGGAGAACGAGAUUGCACGCUCAGACUUGGACUACUCGUAUGUUGUGACGGGGCCGUUUGCUGAAAUGUAUUUGCAUUUCGCGCCGGGCUUUGAGGAUGCAGGCGGUUGGGACGUUAAGAGGCGUAAAGCUGUGUUGCUUGGAGAUGGCACGGAGAGGUCUCGUUUCUGUAGCGUUGGACGUUUUGUCGUUGAGACUUUGCUCACUUCAACACCGGAAAUUCGAAAUAGACCUCUUUGCGUCAAUUCGUUCACUACUAGUCCUGCUGAGAUUCAGGCUGAGUUUGAGCGGCAGACUGGCGAGAAAUGGAGCGAUAUCUCAUAUAACUCUCUCGAUACACUGCGUGCGCUUGAGGCUAAGGCGUGGGAAUCUGGUAGUCCGUUUGCUACUGUGUUGACUCUGCGGCGGAUCUGGACUGAGGGAGGCACUUUGUAUGAGACGCGGGCGAAUGGGCUGAUUGGGGAGCCGGAGACGUUGACUUUGGAAGAGGUAGUUGCAAAUGAGAUCAAGAGAGUUAAUUCGUUGUAG